ACCUCCCCUUCAGCCUUGCACAGGUGUACCGGCUCCUCCCCUCCAGUCUUGCACAGGUGUACCGGCUCCUCCCCUCCAGUCUUGCACAGGUGUAGCGGCUCCUCCCCUUCAGCCUUGCACAGGUGUAGCGGCUCCUCCCCUCCAGUCUGGCACAGGUGUACCGGCUCCUCCCCUUCAGUCUUGCACAGGUGUACCGGCUCCUCCCCUUCAGUCUUGCACAGGUGUACCGGCUCCUCCCCUUCAGUCUUGCACAGGUGCAGCGGCUCCUCCCCUCCAGUCUGGCACAGGUGCACCGGCUCCUCCCCUCCAGUCUUGCACAGGUGUAGCAGCCCCUCCCCUUCAGUCUUGCACAGGUGUACCAGCCCCUCCCCUCCAGUCUUGCACAGGUGUAGCAGCUCCUCCACUGGACUUCCUCUGAUGUCACUGCACACUUUGAGCUUCACACAGUGUGCAUUAGAA